GAGAGAGUUCACCACCACAGUGUUUCAAAAACGAUCCCCCGACUCUCUUGCCUCCCAAACCCAACCAUUUCGCGGAAACACUGAAGAGAAAGCGAAAUCUCUAGAAAGAAGCCCUUGGAUUCUUCCUCGUCGUCGAGCUCUCUCGAUAAGCCGCAAUGCAGUUCUGGGGUGUUGAGGUGAAAAGUGGAGAGCCGCUCCCGGUUCAGUGUGGGGAUGACUUCAUUCUGCACCUUUCGCAGGCUACUCUUGGUGAGUGUAAGAAGGACAAGGGAAACGGCUCGGUUUCCCUGUCUGUGAAGGUUGGGGGCAAGAAGCUCGUUCUUGGGACACUUUACCCAGAGAAGGUUCCUCAGUUGCAAUUUGAUUUGGUGUUUGAACGAGAUUUCGAGUUAUCUCAUACCGGGAAGAAUGGGAGUGUAUACUUCAUGGGUUACCAAAAUGUUGUUUUCUCCUUGACCUUAUCUUGUGUUUCUUUCACAAAUGAAGACUCUGAGUCAGAGAUGGAGCCUCUUCCAGCUGCUGCUGUCAAUGGUGGACCUAUAUCUCUCACUAAUGAGAACAAGCCGGCUAAAAGGGAAAAGGCCAAAUCUGGUCCCUCUGGAACUAAGCAUGUUCAAAUUAUUGAGCCUAAGAAGGAUGAUGAGGAAAGUGACGAUGACUCUAGUGAUGAAGAUCGCUGGUUAGCUACGCAGGGUAAGCCGGUUGAAGUUGAGGGUGAGAGUGACGAGGAGGAUGACGAUGAAGACGACGACAGUGAUGAUGAAGAAGAAACUGAUGAGGAGGAAUUGGCAGACACAAAGAAGAAGGAUACGGGCAAAAAGAGAUCUGCUCCAGAGGCAAAGACCCCUGCUCCCAGCAAGAAGACCAAGUUGGUCACUCCUCAGAAAACUGGCGGGAAGAAAGCCGGUGAACACCAGGCAACACCUCACCCUGCGAAGCAAGCAUCGAAGACAGCAUCCACCAGUGACUCCAAGUCUCAUGUUUGCAAGUCCUGCGACAGGACAUUCGGCUCUGAUAAUGCUCUGCAAUCUCAUACCAAAGCCAAGCACGGUGAUGCAAAGUGAAGGUGGGGUUUGCCAGCAGGGAAAGUGAAGCUUGGGGUGUUUGCUUUAUCGCUGUUUUGAACAUUUUGUGGAGUGUGUUGAAGCAGGUAGACGGGAGAGGUUAGGUAGUAUAUCUAAUGUUUGUGUAUCUGUGCUUGGGCAAUUAGUAGCUCUUUUGUCAACCCUUCUGCUUUAAACGAAUACCCCAAAUCUUUGAACAGCUUCAUGAAUGAUUUGGGUUCUCCGCACUACACCAUCAAGUAUUGGUGGAAGAGAAUUGACGAGCUUUUGCUGGAGGAGAUGUUAUCUUUGUUUGAAGAACCAAACUAGAGUUUCAUUUAAACACCAUGUCAUCUAUACCUCAGUAUGCACUCCUUGUCGCAACCUAAUUAAGUUGCUAAUUAUGCCAUUGUUUUGUUCUUGGAUUAGUUUAGCCUGAAUUAUUCAUAUUAACAUAACAAUUUAGAUGACUACG